GGAUGCCCUCGGUGCCCGGCACUAACGCCCUCCGUGCCUGCGGCCCCGGCAGCUGCCUCUGCACACCCCACAGCUCCCCGCUCCGCUGUGCCCUGCGCUGAGCCAGCCCAGCUACAAAAGCUGGUGUGUCCUGACCGCAGGCUCCUGGGAUGGCGUCUGGCAAGCGGGACCCCCAGCCGGGGGACCUGAUCGAGAUCAACCGAGGAAUUUACCAGCACUGGGCUCUCUACUUGGGCGAUGGGUAUGUCAUCCACGUGACGGCAGAAGAUGAAGGGAUCCCACGUCCGUCAGCUGGUAGCGUGGCAAUAUUGACCAAAAAGGCCAAGGUGAAGAAGCAGCUCCUGAAGGAUGUGGUGGGAACUGAUGACUGGAAGGUCAACAACAAGUAUGACCAGUCCCACACUCCUCUCCCAGUGAAGGAGAUCAUCAAGACGGCUGAGAAAUAUAUUGACAGGGAGGUGCCCUAUGAUUUGCUCAGCAAAAACUGUGAGCACUUUGUGACAAAGCUCCGCUAUGGUGAGGAGGACAGCAGUCAGGCCAGGAGAGCAAUUCGACGUUGGGCUUCUCUCGCUCAUAAAGUCAUCACUGUCGGUGGUGUGACUGCAGCAGCAGUUAUUGUUGGUGCUGCUCCUGUUGUUUUUGCUGGUGUUGUUGCUGAUGCUGCUGCUGCUGGCUGUAUCCCUCAGUGCUUUUAG